AUGGCGUCUUCCUCAAAUAUUCUUCAACCAGCUCUGAAACUUCAACAAUCUACACAGAUGGGGGAUCAAGAGUACAUACCAAACCCAAAUUCUGCGGAAGUGCGCGUCAUUUACGCUUCUCAGAGUUCGAAACCUCCACCACAUUCGAAGCGAAAAACCUCUCCAGUAGUUGUCUCAGAUGAUGAUGACAAAUCUCCACCUCGAACCAGACAAGCCCAAAAGAAAAGGCAGAAGGUCGCUACUCCUUCAAGAAAAGAAAAGGGAUCUGGGUCUUCGAAACUUACUUCUCCGGGUGACAAGGUAUCUUCUGAAGAAUCACCUUUGAAAGGUGCUAGUAACGCUUUCGUUGUCGAGAGCCACAAUUCGAGCCCAGAUAACAUCCUAACUAAGGAUGAUGUUGGCACAGCCACUUCUGACCUCAAAUCCUUCACUCUUAAUAUUGAUCUUGAUAACCUCCAAGGUAAAUCUCAUGUGCUUUCACCAGUGAUCGAAGACGCUCAGCCUCUUGCGACUAUCAUUCCUAGUACAGCAGUCGAAGGGAGCCAUUCAACUGAUGAUUCUCCACCUACCCAUAAGAGCGGAAAAACAGACCAACAAUGUUCAGGUAGCAACAAUGCAGCUGGUCAUCCAUCUGGUAGUGAGGACACUUUAUCUGAACAAGAUGUCAUGGAAGAAACCUCCAAGCUAGCCACAGUAGUUCCCCACGAAACCACAACUUUUGGGACCAUAGUUUCUCCUGAAACUACUUCGACUCCUACCCCAGCAAAGCCUACUCCUUCAGAAUUGAAGCAGCUUAAACAAACUGAUCCUUUCAGCUUCCUUAAGGCUAUGAUGGAUAUUGAUAAUAUUUCGCCUUCUGAGCUCGAAACUUCUCCAGCUGUACAGCCGGAAUCUGGUAAUAAAGAGGAUACCUCCGCCAAUAUUCUUCGAAAACAAAAUGUCGACGAACAUCUGACUGCGAAAAUGGCCUCUCAUAAUUCUUCGUGGAAAUCUGCUAUUGAUGCAACCAAACAUGGGUGA